AUGGAAAGACAACUGUACUGUUUAUUUCGCCACCUCUGUGUCUUUGUGACAGCGUUCAGGUUUCAUGUGGAAGCCCUGUUAUGGAAUGAAGUAACCUUCACUUUCCACAACCUCACCCCAAUCGUUGGAAACGAUUAUUAUGUUGUGUGUGAACUGCACCUGCUAUCAAUCGACACGUUGAACAAAUUUUACCGUGAGCCAUUCGUUUUUUUAAACAGAACUAGCGUG